CCUGUUUAAUCGUUUCAGUAACACUGACUUUUUUCUCCCUCCCAUUUGUUUCCUAAUCUGACAUAUUUUCCCUUCCACUAUUAUCUUCAGUGCUUGGAUUACAAACUUCAGCUCUUCAAGUCCAAUUCCGGUGUUUUUCAUGGCGAAAAGUGGAACUUCGUAAACUUAUCUAAACAGGAAGAAAGAAUGUUUUCCAUCCGAUCAAAGUUAGUAUCCAUGUUACAAACAUGGUUACUAACUGAACCAGACUUAGAACUUAAAUUAGGUUUUCUUCGUUCAUCCGUAACGCUGAAAAAUCCUCAUUUGGACAUCACAGUUCUUAACCAAUUGAUUAAGGACUCGAACUUGUAUUUCAAAGAUGUUAGGGUUGACAAUUUGAGUGUUCAAUUCUCUUCUUGGUCUAUUCCUGCUUUUACAUUUGAAGUUCGUGGUGUUCAUGUUACAUUAACCACAAGGGAAAUUGUGGACGGCGAACGUUUACAUUCGCGCAGAGGUCAGAGUGCAGUUUCUGGAUUAAGUGAGGAGAAGAAGAAUUUUUUGUCUAUCAUUGAUCCUGAGGGAACUACAUUGCAUGAUAUAAUCGAAAAGAUUUCUGUUGCUACACCUGCAAGAAAUCAGCUUAUUAAUUCGUUGAUGAAUGUUAUACUCAAGCAGUGUCAUUUAGAAAUGCAUGAUAUUCACUGUGAAGUUCAAUUUCCAGUUAGUAUGGGUUCCAUUGCUUUGUUCAAGAUAGAAAAAUUUAGCGUGGAAUCCUCGCUUCUUAACAAUAGUUCUAUUUUAGGAUCUGUGUUCCGCUGUGCUUUUGCUAACGACAGGGAGAGUUCUUUGGUUAUUAAUGCUAAUGGUAUGGAGAUUGAACUGAAAAGAGAAAAGCACGCUAAUACCGUUUUCUAUUCAAAUGAUGUUGUUGGUCACAUUAAGUUGAAAGAUCUUCAAUUGCUUGACUUUGAAAUUCGCGCGCCACAAUUGAAUUUCGCAUUUUGUCCGAUUGAUCUUCCUAUCCUCCUAGGUUUUGAUGUUUUACUUCCGAAAGUCGUGCCUUGUAGAAAUGGUAAGGAACUAUGGAAUAUUGCUGCAAGCAGAAUUUGUUAUUUGACGCCAAAUACCAGGUUAUCCUUGCAUCAAACGAUUAAUCUUGUUAUGCUGUGGUUGUGUUAUGUCCAAGCAUAUGGGUCUUUGUUAUCAUUAGUUGGAUAUUAUGUGGAAAAGAAACUCGAAAAAGCUGCAAUUAGGGUGUCUAUAGACAAGUCAUUUCGCACUUGCGUUAGACAUCAAUGGAAGGUGAUUACUGAGACCGAGAAGAAAUUGCCCGUAGAAGCACUUGCACGUGCACGCCGAGUAGCUCGUUACAGGGCAGCAACACAUACUCAUCAUACUCAAUCUAUUAAUUCUGAACCACUUAUCGAGAUGCAAAAGAUAUUUGUAGGUAUCUGGAAGAUUCUUUCAUUGUUCUCUAUCAUUUGGAAAACUAUAUGCUGGAUCCUCUAUCCUGUAAUACGUUUCUUAUUUGUGAAGAAUGGGUUGGAUCCAGGUCAAGAAACUGAUGAGUCAUUUCCGGUUAUUUCUGAAGAUUUCUCACCACAAUCUUGCUUCAGUUUAGUACUCGGAAAAGUUUCUGUUGCCAUUCACCCCAUAAACGCAGUUCCCCGUGCUGACUUGGAUUUACGCUCAUUCUGUAUGGUACUUGAUACUCUCUUCUUAGUUUACAUGGCAGACAACACCACUCAGUCCUUAUCAUUGUCUUGUGGGGAUUUGAAAGUCAACUGUACACAUUCAUCUAUAAAUCCACUUACAGAUAGUAAUUUGAAUAAAGAGGUAAAUCGUUUUUCUUCGACUGAAGGACGAAGAAAAGAGAAGAGCCACGAGUCAAGUGUAGUUGUAUGGAGUGAGCCUGCACCACAAUUUGUCCUUCCAGACAAAUUAGCAGCUGAAUCUUCAAAUUCUAGCGGCAAUGCCUCGUUCGUUCAUCUGGAAAGUUAUCUAAAAGAAUUGUGGUCAAACUGGAAAGGAAUUCGCAAAAAACUAGAAGGGAGUAAGGUCCAUUCAUGGGGAAAUCCCUUCCUUAUCUUUGAGAAUAAAAACUUUCUUAUGGUGCCAGGCCUAAGAAAGCCAGGUUAUGGGCUUUCAAGGUGUUAUAUGACUAUGGGAAAGUUUAAUUUUGAGUUGGGAUAUUCUUCGGUUAUGUCUGUAGCUAUGUUGGUUAAGCAGUUCGAACAUACUCUUUCUUGGGCUGCUAUUAGUAGAACAAGGUCUUCUUCACUCACUCCUAUCAUCAGGGGAAAGCCAAAAGAAUUAAGAUUGCAAGAGUACUAUGAAUCUUGCAAAAAUGGAGCGAAAGUAGCGAUGCUUAGGGUGAUACCUGAGAGAAACAUACAAGUUGGAGUAGCUAUUGCUGGUUCUACUGUUCGAAUAUUACUUAAAGAUGAAGGGUUAUUUAGUUCAAAAGAACAGCGUGAUACAUUUACUCAAGGUCACGGUGAUAUGCUGCUGGCAAUUGAUCUGGAGAAUAUUGAAUUUGCUGUAUGGCCAACCCAGGAACCUAAUACCACAGAGAAAUUUAGCAGGAAGGAGCCUUGGUUGAGAGACACUGUGAACGAAAAUAUGAAUGCCAAUUAUAUAUCUGAAUUGCAGAUUACACUUGAUUGUUGCUUCAGGAUGAAUGGGUUAAAUGCUUACUUUGAGGAUGUAAGAGAAAACCGAAGAUCCAAACUAAUUGUCUUAAAACCAGUAGUCAUCCAGUCUUCAUCCUGCAAGGAGUACGUUGAUUCGCUGGCUACAAAUAUUUCGACUUUAGCAACAUCUUUGCAUGGAAUAGCUAAGGGGGUCACGAUUUUAUCAUAUAUGGAUGAGAUAUGGGCUAUUUAUCAGGUGGUUGAAUACAUAUGUUUGAGAAUAUCAUACGAUUUCACAAGUCUUGACUCUAUGUAUGGGGUCCAUGCUGGAGAAGUUACAAUGGAGACAAGUACACCAGGUGACGACACUCCUAAUGGUGGGUCUGCACAAGUACAUGAAGUGGAAGGUGCAUUCUUGAUGUCCAAGAGCAUGCAUUUGGUAAUUGAUGCUACUUUUGACUUCGGGCCACAUGAUAUCAUUCUGGAUAACACCCGGAAAAACACUGGGAACAACAUGCAAACCAAUGGUGCUUCCAGUAAUAAGAACUUAAUAAUUUCUGAUGUUCCUGAGCACGGAUUGGGGGCUUUUCUCCAGCAAGGGCGUGUUCAGAUUUCCUUAAAAGAUGGCCUUGUGAAAGUUCUCAUUGAUCUACUCAAUAUCAAGUCCAUUAUUUUCAAAUACCCAAGUCUGAUUGAAGAAUGCAGUCGUGGAUGCGGGCUUACUGAUAUACUUCAUCUAUCACAUAAUUGCUUGUACGAAUUUUCCCUUUCUGAUUGCACUAUUUCCUUAUCUGUCACUUCUCAUGUGAAUGCUUUAACUUCUGGGAAAAUCGAUGGUGCACUCCCAAGCUCAGUUUUUGGUAGUAGAAGUCCAGCUGCCACAAACGACCCUUCUUCAACCAAUCUUGCUGAUGAAUCAAACAUCCAAUCCCAUGUCUCUAAUAAGAUUUUUGAACGUGAAUGGUCGAGUAAUACAAGUAGUCUAGCGCCAUCACCGAGUUAUGAGUUUCUCAUAGAUGUGCAAGUUGGUGAGAUUCUUAUGGCCAAUAACUCGGUACGCAAUGCUCUUACUGAAGAACAUCAACCAAAGAUACUUCAGUCAUCUCUUUCAAUUGGCGGAGAUUUACACGCCAUCUCAUGGACGAUUCAGGGUGGUCUCAUUGUUCUUGAAACCGCAGCUCUUGCUAUGUUUCUGCAUUGCUUUGAUGUGUACUAUCUGUAUACCAAGAACCUCUUGCCCACAUCUGGAACACAAUCUGAAACAGUUCAACCAGUCGAGGGAAACUUGCACAGUGAAAGCACAUUGUCCCCACUUUUAGUGUCAGACACAAGAACUACACCACCGGUAUCCAAGUGGGGAUUUUUGGGGAUUCUCAGGAUAAUACUGACUCAGUUUUCUCUCAUACUUGUUGUUGUGGAUGAAUCUGGGGGGAUUUGGGAGCUUAUGCUAGAAGCUGACUGCCAUUUGAACCUUGAUUUUAAGAAUUCAAAAAGAAAAUUAUGUUUUGAUAAUUCACGGUUAUCUAUCCAUUCCCAGCAUCUUGCUCAAAGUAGUAGUGCUGAUGAAACAACCAAUGGCAUUCAAUUCCCUCAUUUUCGGUCUAUUAAAGCUAAAGAGACGUCCACCCGCUCUUUAUCUGGUGAUUCAACACCUCCCGGUUUGCUUUAUGAAAAUUGCCCAAGCUCUCCAGAUCCAGACGAAGAAUUUAAGGUUGAAGUUGAUGUUUCUGAUUACUCCCAGAUAAUUGAUGCAAACUGUAUUGUGAAGCAUGUAGCUGCUUGCCUGAUGAUUGAGAAUGAUGUUGCCGGGGAUGAAGUCAUGUGGAAGAGUGAUUGGGUUGGUACUGGCUCUCUUUCUGGUUUGGACUUCACAGUAUCUUUGUCUGAAAUACAGAUGCUCCUGUCUCUUGUUGCACCUUUAUCUUCGGUCCCCAGCACGGAGUCUACUAGCAGUGCAGAACAAAAUAACUUGUCAAGGAGCCUAGAACCAGACAAUGCUUCAAUUGCAAUUCCUGAUGGAGCUGUUGUUGCGUUGCAAGAUAUUCACCAGCACAUGUAUUUUGCUGUUGAAGAUUUGGAAAACGAUUACCGUUUGACUGGUGUCAUCCACUACUCUCUAGCUAAAGAAAGGGCUCUUUUCAGGGUAAAGCAUUGUAGUAGAAGGAGCUGGGGCAUGCCAGUUUCAUGGUUCACCUUAAUAUCAUUGCACGCUAAAAGCAGCUCAGCUGAAGCGUUACGAAUGAACUUCCGUCGGAGAUCGAGUUUUGUUGAUAUCUCUAGCACCAUUGAUGACGACGGGUCACUAUGGAAAGCACUUCCUUAUCAGCCCGACAGUUAUGAGGGAGACACUGACUUGGAGUUUCACAGGCCAGCUUCUAAAAAUACCUUUUACCUUGUUAACAAGAAGUGUGAUUAUGGUGUUGCUUUCAUUGAUGGGCUUCCAGAAUUUGUGGGAAAACCAGGAAACCCGUUUAAGCUGAAAGUGCUCCAAGAGUUUUCUCUCAUACAUGAUGCUUCGAGUCUGAGUACUCCUUUAAGAAGGCCUUCUGAUGCAGGGCAGGGACAGAAUACUGAUAUCGGUGAAGAAGAGUCUUCUAGUCAAUCUAAAGACCAUCCAUAUUUAAGCAUUAAAGUUGACAAGCUUUCUGUGAAUAUUGUUCACAGUGUUCCAGAUGCAAAGGACAAGUUUCCACUUCUUCAGGCAUGCAUUAAUAAUAUCCAAUUCAUCAUUCAAGUCCUAUCCUCAAAAGUAAGAGUCAUUAGUACAUUUACUGCUGCGAUUCUUCACUUUGAUGCUCAGACCAAUCUGUGGAGAGAAAUUGUUCAACCUGUUGGAAUGUGUAUGUUCUACCGUACUAAAUUUGCACCUCAAAUUUCAGAACUUGUCCCACAAGGAGUGCCUGUUAAUUUCUAUUUUAGAAUGAAUCAGGUGGAUGUAUAUCUAACUGAGCUUUCUUUGGACAUACUUCUGUUUAUGGUUGGAAAAUUGAACCUUGCUGGUCCUUAUGCGGUGAAAAACUCGAUGAUUUUGGCUAAUUGCUGCAAGGUGGAAAACCAAACGGGCUUAAACAUCCUUUGUCGUUUUUAUGACAAUCAACACACAGCAAUAGCUGGAAAGCAAUCUGCAUUAAUCUUCCUUAAGGAUAUGGCAUCCACAAAACAGUUCCCAGAAAAUUCAUCGAUUGUGUCGGUCCAGCUUGAUGUGCCCGGUUCUUUUUCGACUUCUCCAAUACACCUUUCUCUUUUAAAGGCUCAAAUUUUUGCCUGGAGAACACGUGUGGCGUCAUUAAAAGAUUCAAGAUCUUACCCUGGGCCAUUUGUUGUGGUUGAACUUUCCAAAAAGACUGAGGAUGGAUUGUCCAUUAUAGUUUCUCCGAUAUUAAGGAUUCACAAUGAAACUGGAUACUCUAUGAUGUUACGUUUUCAGCGGCCUCAGCAAGAAGAAGCAGAAUCCGCUUCAUUUUUGUUGAGGAGUGGGGAUACAGUUGAUGAUUGUAUGGCAUCAGUUGAUGGUAUGAACUUGAGUGGGGGUUCAAAGAAGGCGUUGAUGUCUUUAAGUCUUGGUAAUUUCUUAUUUUCUAUUCGACCUGAAGUAAGUGAAUGCUUUGGAAAUUCUGGAGAAUCAAUUUCAAUAAAUUGGUCAGAGGAUCUUAAAGGUGGAAAGGCAGUUCGUCUAUCUGGAGUAUUUGACAAGUUAAGUUACAGAGUCAAGAGAUCUUUAGGUGUUGAAUCAGUUACACAUUCCUUUGGUACUGUACGCUGUGCUAUUAACACGAAAGGAGCACGGUUAACUGAUCUACAUUUCUUGGUUCAAACCAUUGGAAGAGAUGUACCUGUUAUACAUCCUGGUAAUGUUAAAGAGACGGCAGAUAUGAGGACAUCCCCGGUUGCGAUACAAGAGCAGAAGGAAAUCUUUCUUCUUCCUACAGUCCAUGUCUUCAAUUGCUUGCAAUCUGAUAUACACGUGCUUAUAACGGAAAUUUAUCCGGUUCUAGGUACAUCUGGUGGUGUUAACCACACUGGGAAGGAGGCUACUAUAGUAUGUGGAUCAAGUGCAUGCUUAUAUGGAAAUCCGGCAAUGAUAUACUUCACAGUUACUGUAACUGAAUUUAGUUUAAAGUGCAAACCUGUGAACAGUGGGGAUUGGGUAAAGAAGUUACACAAGCAGAAAAGUAACACCAAUUAUUUGGAUAUAGAGUUGGAUUUUGGUUCAGGAAAAUACUUUGCCUCGUUAAGAUUACAACGUGGAAACAGGGGCAUGUUGGAGGCUGCUGUCUUUACUUCUUACUCGUUGCACAAUGACAGUGAUCUUACCCUCUUUUGCUUCACAGCCAACCAGAAGCCUUUGUCUAGGGAAGAAGCUGAUAGACUGGGCUCGAGCCUUUCUCCGGAGCGUGGUACACUUCUGCCUCCAAAGUCGACCAAGUCAUGGUUGUUGGAAUCCAACAAGCUACAACUUAUUUCAUUGGAAGAAAAAGCAUCUGCAGCGCGGCUAGAUUUGGAUGCUUUGUCGAGAUUUACAGAACUGUGUCUGGAGGUUGAUGAAGGAGCUGGAAUGAAAGUUAUCACCACGUUGAGUGUAUCACUAAAUCCGUAUAAGGCGAAUGUUCUCGUGCCAUCACAAACAGUAUCGCUGGUUCCAAGAUAUGUUGUUUGCAAUGAGUCACCGGUCCCCAUUAUCGUCCGUCAAUGUUAUUUGGAGGAUGUUAGUGAUGGUAUCAUUGCUGUUAAUAGCAAACAGAGAGCAGCUAUAAACAUGAGGUCUGGACCGAACAAGAGGAGAGUAAUCGGAUCCUUUGACUCCUUUCUCAAGAAACAUAGAAAUGCUAACGAGGAUUCUCUAAUGUAUAUCCAGUUUUGCCUGGACGAGAUUGGAUGGAGUUGGUCUGGACCAAUAUGUGUUGCUUCACUAGGAAGAUUCUUUUUGAAGUUUAGAAGAUCCUUGGAUUUUCCUGGCAAUCAAUCAAAUACAAUUACUCAGCAAGAUAAUAAAAUGACAGAGUUUGCAGUGGUACAUGUUGUAGAGGAAGGUUCUACUCUAGUUUUGCACUUCCAUAGGCCGCCAAAUAUUAGUUUACCCUAUCGUAUAGAGAACUCCUUACGCGAUGCAUCAAUAACAUAUUACCAGAAGGACUCAUCAGUCCCAGAGAAUCUAGGAUCUGGAACUUCUGUCAGUUAUGUCUGGGAUGACUUGAGUUUACCUCAUAAACUGGUAGUCCACAUUCCUGGUAUGCGCCUCUCCCGUGAAAUAAAUAUGGAGAAGGUUUGUGAAUGGAAACCUCUUCUUAAAGUACGUCAGCAGAGAGGAUUGGCGUUGGACUUUCCUCUGGAUAAGAAACCAGGAAAACAGAGACGAAAUGGGGAUGGGUCAACUGAGCUUGAGAUGCCAAAGGUGGGGUAUGAAGUAUAUACAGAUGGCUCUACAAGGGUUCUACAAAUAUCUGAAUUUCACGAUUGUUCCGAUGAAGAUAAAGCACUUUACCCAUGUGCAAAGAUUCAGUUUAGAGUUUCUAAUUUAAUAAUUCACUUACUUGAGCAGGGAAAACAGGAUGAAGAUGCAAGUCAACAAUCAGAUUAUUCCCCACUGAUAAUAGCAAGGCUUGGAAAUAUCAAUCUGGAUUCAGUAUAUACCGAUCGGAUAAAGUAUAAUCAGAUCACAUUACAGUCAUUGGAUGUGGAAGAGAAAUGGGCAGGAGCUCCCUUUGCAGCAAUGUUACGACGAGAUCAAUUAAAUUACUCGGAAGCAAAAGGAAACAUUGUGUUUAUUGCUUUUACUCUAGUUCCAACAAAUUCCAAUGUGAAACAAGUGAAUUAUGCCUCCAUCAUUUUGCAGCCUCUUGAUUUGAACAUUGACGAGGAGACACUAAUGAAGCUUGUUCCAUUUUGGAGGACAUCUCUCAGUGACUCGACGGCUCCCAGCCGACAGUUUUACUUCAAACAUUUUGAGAUCCAUCCAGUUAAGAUUGUGGCAAGCUUUCUCCCUGGGAGUUCAGAUUCAAAUUAUAGCUCUGCUCAAGAGACUCUUAGAUCACUAUUGCAUAGUGUGAUAAAGAUCCCAGCUGUAAAAAAUAAAGAUGUUGAGCUCAAUGGUAUUUUGGUCACUCAUGCUCUUGUAACAGUGCGUGAAUUGCUUAUUAAGUGUGCACAACAUUAUUCAUGGUAUGCUAUGAGGGCUGUCUACAUUGCAAAGGGAAGCCCGUUGCUACCACCGGCUUUUGCUUCUAUUUUUGAUGACUCAGCUUCAUCCUCUCUCGAUGUCUUUUUCGAUCCUUCUAGUGGUUUGAUCAAUCUUCCAGGGAUUACUUUGGGUAUGUUCAAGUUCAUCAGUAAAAGCAUCAACAAGAAAGGUUUUUCUGGUACAAAACGCUAUAUUGGCGAUCUUGGCAAAACUGUGAAAACAGCAGGGUCAAAUGUUCUCUUUGCUGCUAUUACUGAAGUAUCAGAUUGUAUUCUGCGUGGAGCAGAAGCAAAUGGUUUUAAUGGAAUGAUUACGGGCUUUCACCAAGGAAUAUUGAGAUUGGCCAUGGAGCCCUCACUGUUAGGGACGGCUGUCAUGGAGGGUGGUCCAGCUAGAAAAAUUAAACUUGACCGUAGUCCUGGAGUUGACGAGUUAUAUAUUGAAGGAUAUCUACAAGCUAUGUUGGAUGCAUUGUAUAAACAAGAGUAUCUCAGAGUCAGAGUCAUUGACAACCAAGUUAUUCUAAAAAAUCUACCUCCAAGCACUUCCCUCAUAAGCGAGAUUAUGGAUCGCGUAAAUAGUUUUCUCAUGAGCAAGGGACUCUUAAAAGGAGAAUUACCAGCAAGUUCCCGUCCAUUACGCCAUCUUCGAGGGGAAACAGAGUGGAAAAUUGGACCAACAAUUCUGACUUUGUGGGAACACCUGUUUGUGAGUUUUACAAUCCGCAUGCUUAGGAAUCAAGCAGAUAAGGUUAUAACUGGCAUGAAACAGAAAGGAAAGUCAGAGGAGAAAGAAAGUAUGUCCAUUGUCUCCGCAUCAGUAGGAAAGCCAGAGGGGAAGUUUAAUCUGCAAUGGGGGAUCAGUAAGUUUGUGUUUUCGGGUUUGUUAGCAUAUAUUGACGGAAGACUGUGCCGGUGCAUUCCAAAUUCAAUUGUCAGGCGAGUUGUGAGUGGGUUUUUGUUGACUUUUCUCGACAAGAGGGAAAACAAAUAGUUGCCCUUUUUUUUUUUUGCCCGAUGCCAUAAAUUUUUUGAUGUUUACUCUCCGUAUAGUUUUUGUUAAAGCAACGCCCUUGGAUGGGGUCCGAGUCCUGACCAACCGGAGCUAAGGUUUAUUUUGCUCCUUAGCAUUGUGAAUAUAUACUUGUAAAUUCUUGGUGUCCAUAAAUAACGGUAAAUUCUUAGUCUUGUAUAAUAUAGUCGUUAUAUAAUCCAGUUAAAAGUUAAUG